AUGCGUCUCGUCAACACAGCUACCGAGCGGCUCGUUCAGCUCGUGAGCCCUCCAGCACAUUAUGCGAUUCUGUCCCACACCUGGGACGUGGGCGAAGUCUCAUUUCAAGACGUCGAGAAUGGCUGUGCACCUGAGAGAAGAGGCUACGCCAAGUUCCAGGGAGCAGUUAAGCUCGCCAGGGACCAAGGUUACAAGUACAUCUGGAUCGACAACUGCUGCAUCGACAAGUCGUCCAGCGCUGAGCUCUCCGAGGCUAUCAACUCCAUGUUCACAUGGUAUCGCAGGUCAAGCAAGUGCUACGUCUAUUUACACGACGUCUCAGCAUCUCCUGAGCAUUCAUCAUCGUCGGCCUCUGCGAGCACCGCGGACAAUUCGCCUAUCCACGACCAACACUUCCGCCAGCAGCUCAAUCGCAGCCGAUGGUUCCUCAGAAGUUGGACGCUCCAGGAGCUAAUCGCCCCGAGCUCCGUGCACUUCUACGAUCGCGGAUGGACCUGGCUCGGUAUCAAGAACGAUCCUGCAUGGACCGGUGCACUGAACGAGCUGACUGGAAUAUCGUAUGAAGUACUCCAGUACCCCGAGGGCUACAAGAAUGCCAGCGUGGCGCAAAGGAUGUCAUGGGCCGCAAACAGGGAGGCCACGCGCGAAGAGGACAUUUCCUACUCCCUCUUUGGCGUCUUUGACAUCAACAUGGCGCCUCUGUAUGGCGAAGGAGGCCCCAGCGCGUUUCGUCGGCUCCAAGAGGAAAUCAUACGGCGCCAUGCGGACGACUCCAUCCUGGCAUGGAACCCCGCGCCCCACGACGCCAAGUCAUGGUCGCAGUCUACCUACGCACUCCAUCGUGGGUUGGCGGCACUGGCACACUCGCCCGCCUGCUUCCGCGAUGCGCGAGACAUUGUGCACUUCCUGUCGCCCUGGGCAUUCGAGCUCGAGAACAUGGCCAUGACGCCUCUAGGCCUGCUGCUCGAGGCGCCCGUCAUCCACAAGGUCCACGGCUCGUCCACCGCCACCGCGUCUUUGAGCCCCUGGUCAAUGACCGGAGCAAGCGUAAGCGCCGCAUAUUGCUCUUCGAGGGCGGCAGCCGUGUUGAGCCCGACGCGCCAGAACCUAGUCAAAGACUAGUCGUGGUAGUCCUGCGCCUUCAGUCGCACAGUUCGAUCAAGCUCCCAAAUUACCAUGUCGGCAUCGAGGUUUCCUCAGUUGUGGUACCCAAGGGGGGCUCGACGGGCAUCCUCGCCACUGAGGCUGCGCGGCGGCUGGGGACCGCGGGGGCCCACCAUGCGCAGGGCGUAUUGUAUCUCGAUGGGAACGGCGCGUGGCGGUCGAAUGCUGCUAAGGCUGUGCUUCAGCUGGGUUCGUCAAAGGUGAGGUUUACCUUUUGCCCCGAGCAAGUCCUCGGGGAGUGGGUACACGUUCUUGAUAUCUCAUGGGAAGAGGGAUAGAAUCGUCUACAGUUGAUUCUGAACGCUUGAAAAGCGUUGCGUGAUCUCCCUUGGAGGUGGUGAACAUUUUGCGAGCCCUAUUCAGUAGCACGCUCCGAAACCUCAAAGCAACUGGCAUAAUACCUGCG